AUGAUUAGUGUAACCUGGAGCAUCUUCCUAGUUUGGACUAAAAUAGGGCUGUUACUUGACAUGGCACCUUAUUCUGUUAGUGCCAAACCAUGCCCUUCAGUAUGUCGCUGUGAUGUGGGUUUCAUAUAUUGUAAUGAUCGCGAUUUGACGUCUAUUCCUACAGGAAUCCCAGAGGAUGCUACUACCCUCUUCCUUCAGAACAAUCAAAUAAAUAAUGCUGGGAUUCCUUCAGAACUGAAGAACUUGCUUAGGGUGGAAAGAAUAUAUUUAUACCACAACAGCCUAGAUGAAUUCCCCACUAACCUCCCUAAGUACGUUAAGGAACUGCAUUUGCAGGAGAAUAAUAUAAGGACCAUUACUUAUGAUUCACUUUCACAAAUUCCUUAUCUGGAAGAACUGCAUUUGGAUGAUAAUUCCGUUUCCGCUGUUAGCAUCGAGGAUGGAGCUUUCCGGGACAACAUCUAUCUCAGACUUCUUUUUCUCUCUCGAAAUCACCUUAGCACCAUUCCCUGGGGUUUGCCUAGAACGAUAGAAGAGCUACGCUUGGAUGAUAAUCGUAUUUCCACGAUUUCAGAGCUGUCCCUUCAAGACCUUACAAAUCUAAAACGCCUUGUUUUAGACGGAAAUCUUCUAAAUAAUCAUGGAUUAGGAGACAAAGUCUUCAUGAAUCUAGUCAAUCUUACAGAACUGUCAUUGGUCCGCAAUUCGCUCACAGCCGCACCAGUAAAUUUGCCGGGAACAAAUCUAAGAAAGCUUUAUCUUCAAGAAAACCACAUCAACCGUGUGCCACCCAAUGCUUUCUCUUACUUAAGGCAGUUGUAUCGACUAGAUAUGUCCAAUAACAAUCUUAGCAAUUUACCUCAGGGUGUCUUUGAUGAUCUGGACAACAUAACUCAACUGUUUCUUCGCAACAACCCUUGGCACUGCGGGUGCAAAAUGAAAUGGGUACGUGACUGGUUACAGUCAUUGCCUUUAAAAGUUAACGUACGUGGACUGAUGUGUCAGGCACCAGAAAAAGUACGUGGAAUGGCUAUCAAAGACCUCAAUGCGGAACUAUUUGAUUGCAAGGACGAUGGCAUGAUCAGCACCAUCCAAAUCACCACUGCGGUACCAAACACAUUAUACCCAGCCCAGGGACACUGGCCAGUUUCUGUGACCAAACAACCAGACAUCAAGACUCCCAACCUAAAUAAAAACUACAGAACCACAGCAAGCCCAGUACGCAAAAUCAUUACAAUAUUUGUGAAAUCCGUAAGCACGGAGACUAUUCACAUCUCCUGGAAAGUUGCACUACCAAUGACUGCUUUAAGACUGAGCUGGCUCAAGAUGGGUCACAGCCCUGCCUUUGGAUCUAUAACUGAAACGAUAGUUACAGGCGACAGAAACGACUAUUUGCUCACAGCUCUUGAACCAGAAUCACCAUACCGUGUAUGCAUGGUUCCCAUGGAAACCAGCAACAUCUAUCUCUCCGAUGAAACACCUGAAUGCAUCGAGACCGAGACGGCACCCCUUAAGAUGUACAACCCUACCACGACCCUCAACCGGGAGCAGGAGAAAGAACCUUACAAAAACUCCAGCUUGCCCUUGGCCGCCAUCAUCGGCGGCGCGGUGGCGCUGGUGGCCAUAGCGCUGCUGGCCCUGGUCUGCUGGUACGUCCACAGAAACGGGUCCCUGUUCUCCCGGAACUGCGCCUACAGCAAGGGACGCCGGAGAAAAGACGACUACGCCGAAGCGGGAACCAAGAAGGAUAACUCCAUCCUAGAAAUCAGGGAGACUUCUUUCCAGAUGAUACCAAUAACCAACGACCAAGUGUCCAAGGAGGAAUUUGUAAUACACACCAUUUUCCCGCCUAACGGCAUGAAUCUGUACAAGAACAGCCACAGUGAAAGCAGUAGUAACAGGAGCUACAGAGACAGUGGUAUUCCAGAUUCAGAUCAUUCACACUCAUGAUA